AAUGGAUACUUUCCCCCCCAAUUUUCUAGGAGAAAUGAGGAGGAGGUUUGGCUGAGCUGCAGGAGUCCAGGGAAAUCGACUUUAUAUGGAACUCUGACCUGUCACGGUUUGAGCCCAGAUGGGAUUCCUGAAAUUGUAGCCUCCGAAGGAUUUGAAGUCAGCGCAAUAACUAAGAAAAGUUUGCUUGUCUCCUGCUCGCGGGAAAACGCCUGCAGUAAAUUUCUGGCACCCUAUACUUCCUUCUGCAGGAUCCAUCAGAAAAGUAUCACCUGUCUUGAUAUUUCGAACGGAGGUGGGCUUGGAGUAUCCACCAGCGCUGAUGGCAGCAUGAAAAUUUGGCAAGCCGCUAACGGGGAAAUCAGAGUAAGUAUGUGUGAUGACCCAGAGU